CCUAGUCCGGCAGUCGCAGACCGAAUCGGGCCGAGGAUAUCCGAGUGGGACCGAGGCCCGUGGCGCAGCGCCCCCGCUCGCAGGUUGCAAGGCGCACCCCAGGGGACCUUGCGGAACCGACGAUGCCGGUCUUUGUCACGCGGCCGCGCGGGGGCCCCUGGCCGCCUCUGGCCUCGCCCUUCCUGCUGCUGAUGCUGGCGGUGCUGAGCGGCCCGGUGUCCGGUAGCGUUCCCCGCUCGGUGCCUAGGACCUCGCUUCCUAUCUCCGAGGCUGACUCCUAUCUCACCCGGUUCACCGUCCCUCAGACGUACAAUUACUCUGUUCUCCUUGUGGAUCCUGCUUCCCACACACUUUAUGUUGGUGCCCGGGACACCAUCUUUGCUUUAUCUCUGCCUUUCUCAGGGGAGAGAUCCCGCAGGAUUGACUGGACAGUGCCUGAAGCCCACAGACAGAACUGUAGGAAGAAAGGCAAGAAGGAGGAUGAAUGUCACAAUUUUGUCCAGAUUCUCGCCAUUGCCAAUGCCUCUCACCUCCUCACUUGUGGUACCUUCGCUUUUGAUCCGAAGUGCGGGUUUAUUGAUGUGUCCAGUUUCCGGCAGGUUGAAAGACUUGAGAGUGGCCGGGGGAAAUGUCCUUUUGAGCCAGCUCAGCGGUCAGCAGCUGUAAUGGCUGGGGGGGUCCUCUAUGCUGCCACUGUGAAAAACUACCUGGGGACGGAGCCGAUUAUCUCCCGGGCUGCGGGUCGUGCUGAGGACUGGAUUCGGACAGAGACCUUGCCUUCCUGGCUUAACGCCCCAGCCUUUGUUGCAGCCGAGGCCUUGAGUCCAGCCGAGUGGGGGGAUGAAGACGGAGAUGAUGAAGUCUAUUUCUUCUUUACGGAGACUUCUAGAACGAUUGACUCGUACGAGCGCGUUAAGGUUCCACGGGUGGCCCGUGUGUGUGCGGGGGAUCUUGGGGGCCGGAAGACCCUCCAGCAGAGGUGGACAACAUUUCUGAAGGCUGACCUGCUGUGUCCAGGGCCUGAGCAUGGCCGGGCCUCCAGUGUCCUGCAGGACAUGGCCAUUCUUCGACCUGAGCAUGGAUUGGGGACCCCCAUCUUUUAUGGCAUCUUUUCCUCCCAGUGGGAGGGAGCUGCCAUCUCUUCUCUCUGUGCCUUCCAACCACAAGACAUUCGGACAGUACUGAAUGGUCCCUUCAGAGAGCUGAAGCAUGACUGCAACAGGGGACUGCCUGUCAUGCACAAUGAUGUACCCCAGCCCAGACCUGGAGAGUGCAUUGCUAACAACAUGAAGCUCCAGCAGUUUGCAUCGUCGCUCUCCCUGCCUGACCGUGUGCUCACCUUCAUCCGGGACCAUCCGCUCAUGGACGGGCCAGUGCUUCCAGCUAACGACCACCCCCUGCUGGUCACCACGGAUACAGCCUAUCUCAGACUUGUGGCCCACAGGGUGACCAGUCUCUCAGGAAAAGAGUAUGAUGUGCUUUACCUGGGGACAGAGGAUGGACACCUCCAUCGAGCAGUGCGGAUUGGAGCCCAUCUCAGUGUCCUUGAGGAUCUGGCCUUAUUCCCAGAGCCACAGCCAGUUGAGACUAUGAAAUUGUAUCAAAACUGGCUCCUGGUUGGCUCUCGUACUGAGGUGACACAAGUAAAUACAACCAACUGUCGCCGUCUCCAGAGCUGCUCAGAGUGCAUUUUGGCCCAAGACCCUGUCUGUGCCUGGAGCUUCCAGCUAGAUGCAUGUGUGGCCACUGCUGGGGAGCAUGGAGGGCUGGCCCAAGACAUAGAGUCAGCGGAUGUCUCUUCUUUGUGUCCCAAAGAGCCCGGAGAACACCCGGUGGUGUUUGAAGUUCCUGUGGCUGCCUCUGCGCACGUGGUCUUGCCAUGCUCCCCGAGCUCAGCGUGGGCAUCCUGUGUGUGGCACCAGCCUGGUGGAGUGACUCCAUUCACCCCCCGGCGGGAUGGACUGGAGGUGGUGGUGACCCCAGGGGCCAUGGGGGCUUAUGCCUGUGAAUGUCAAGAAGGGGGGGCGGCCCGCGUGGUGGCUGCUUACAGUUUGGUGUGGAGCAGCCAGCGGGGUGCCCCAAGUCAGGCCCACAUGGUGGGGGCUGGGCUGGUCGGCUUCCUCCUGGGGGUUCUUACAGCAUCACUGGCUCUCCUUCUUAUUGGUCGGCGUCAGCAGCAACGGCGACGGAGGGAACUUCUGGCUAGAGACAAGGUGGGGUUGGACCUAGGGGCUCCGGCAUCUGGGACCACAAGCUAUAGCCAAGACCCUCCCUCCCCAUCUCCUGAAGAUGAGCGGUUGCCCCUGGCACUGGCCAAGAGGGCCAGUGGCUUUGGGGGCUUUCCUCCGCCUUUCCUGCUUGAUCCUUGCCCAAGCCCAGCCCACAUUAGGCUAACUGGGGCCCCUCUAGCCACAUGUGAUGAAACAUCCAUUUAGGGCAAAUGACCACCAGUGUACAAGUGACCUCUGCAAUGGAAUGGCCACUGAGAGGCUGGAGUUGCUGGGCCUGGAACACCGUCCUGGCCUCUGAGUUCUCUUUGGCCUUUGAGCGAUCAGUUGGACUUCAGUGUCUGCCUUCUCUGGGCCUGGAUGGGCUUGGGGACAAGCCUUUGCUUGAUUUCCUGAUUCCCAUGAGAGAUCAGAGCUGCUCUCUGCAGUGAAUCAGGACUUUUCCCACCCCUGCCCUCUGAACCCCUGUGACUCCUUCAGUCCUGGCACCAUUAUCUUGGGCCCAUUAGUUUGGGAAUGGGGCAUAGGACACAGCUAUGACUUUGCCUUCUGGUUGGGUCCUGGCCAGAGGAGGAGGCCUAAAGGUGAUUGGGGGCUAAUGUAUACUGAGCUUUUUUGCCGAUUCUCCCAGUUCAUCUGAUUCUCUGUGGGGAGCGCAUGAUCCCUGUGUUCCAAUGUGGAAUCUCUGGCCUGAGGUCUCCCCAAUCCUAGUUGUCCUUCCAUAAAAGAGUGUGUAAAUACAUGGGGGUUCAUAGGAGACCUGGCCGCAUGUGUAUGAAUGACUGGGCCAGUGCUCAGUGUAUUCAUGGGGGUCAGGAGGGGAGAGGCUGUAACGGGGGCAUUGCCUGUAGGGCUUCAGACUCUGCUGUCAGAGAAGGAUUGGCUUUCCUUUCCAUACGGGAGCACACCACUGCCCUGUUCCCAUCACCAACCACAGCAUUUCUCUUGAGUAGAGAAAAACUCCCGAAGUGACCUUCUGGGUGGGAAGGACAGCGGUGCAUGUGACCCCAGCUUUCUGUUUUUGCCUCCUGGCUGCCACCACUGCCGUGCAUAGUUACUUUGUCUGGCUGGAGUAUAGGUUGGGCCCCCUUUCGUUGGCUCCCAUUAAAAAUAAACUUCACAACAAUCUAAAUAUUAGGGGAUGACAAAAGGGAAACAGUCAUAGAAAAUACAAGCUACAUAAGACAGGUUUGUGGCAAUGACUUCACUCAGGUUGACACCUUUGCCCUAAAGCAGGCGUUCUCCACUAGGGUCCAUGGACUCCCUGAAAUCGUAUGCAAAAUGUCAUCUGUAAAUAUGUGUCUGUGUUUUUCUGGGGAGAGGUUUUGUGGUUUUCAUCAUAUUCUCAAGGCCUUAACAAAGUAAAAGGACCACUGCCCCAUGGUCACCAUGGGGUCAGGCUGAGAUGCUGCUUCUCAGUGGUAGCUCUUCCUGUCCUGCCAUCCCUGUCCUGUGGCCAGCCUCUGGACCUGCGGCUGCUGGAUGUCAUCUGGAGGCCCCUGGACCUGUCGCUGCUGGAUGUCGUCUGGAGGCCCCUGGACCUGUGGCUGCUGGAUGUCGUCUGGAGGCCUCUGGACCUGCGGCUGCUGGAUGUCGUCUGGAGGCCCCUGGACCUGCGGCUACUGGAUGUCGUCUGGAAGCCCCUGGAUCUGUGGCUGCUGGACAUUGUCUUGUUUCUUCAGUUCCUGGAACAUGGGCUUUGUACAUUUGAAGACACUGUCAACCCUUACCAAACUCCUGCCUUGUAACUCCCAGAUGCUCUAGGCUUCUCCUGCUCAGUUCUGGUCUUUGAGCUCUGAUGAAUGAUCCAGCCCAUCCCAGGUGAAGUUUUCAGCUCUCCUUUCUUUGGCAGCAGCCUGUGAACUACUCAAAAAAGUCCCUUGAGUUUGGAAUUAUCAGUGGCUUUGCCACUGAUAAGUGUAUGAUCUUCAGCAAGUAAUCUGAUCUAGGAACAUAGCUUUACUCAUCUGUAAAGUGGGGAUAAUAAAACCUACCUCAGGGAUGUUGCAAGGAUUAAAUGAGAAAACAUGUAAUUGAUAAGAUACUAUCUAUACUGGUAGAGGCUGUUAUUGUAAAAACUGUCUUAUUAUGCCAUAAUCAUAUAGCUUAACUAUAGGAUAACCAUGACACAGGCAAUCACUUUAGGGCCCAUUCUCUGUAGGAGUCCUCCCACACAGACGUCCUGUCCUGGGUCAUCUCAGGCCAGAUCUUAGCUGCUGGUGUCCAGGUUUUAGGAAGUAGGGCUUUGGAUUUUAUAAUCCCCAAAUGUGUCUGAUCUUAGUGACUUUCUUAGUCCUACGUGGGAAUGGAGGAAGGCUCCAUGUUCUUAAGUUUACCCUCACUUUACUCUCUGGACAUUAUGGGUUUGCUCCAUUUUGGGGGAAGAGGAGCAGUGAGGAGAUGUUGGAGGGCCUGGGCUCUCAGUGAUGAGGGGAAGAGGAAGUUUCCCAAGGAGGGGAGGGGCUGGUUCACAGUGGAUUUGAGGCCUUUGGUCCUUGGACAGUGGUUUGGUUGGAGGAAAAUGGGAUGAGGAAUAUCGGAAAAAAAGAGAAAGUGUGGAAAUAGGUCUGAAAUGGGGAGGGCCAUCUUUUGGUACAAAGAUCAAGUCCCAAGAGUGAGUAAUAGCACAGGAAUGUGAAGCCACCUCUCAAAGAAAUGCUGUGCAUAGCUGGUUGCAUGAUCUUUGGCCUGUGGAGCUGUGGACAAGGGAGCUGAGGAAGGGUGCAGGGUUCCUGUGGGGAGAAAUGGGAUUCUGGCAGUCAGACAUCUGCCUGGCUUCACACUUCAAAGCAGCCAUGAGGAAGGGUGGGGAUGGAGCUUGUGUUUACUUCCAGACUCCAAAGAUUGCCCACUUUUUGGCUUUCACUCUUAAAUUCCUCUCUCUGGCCCAUAAACCGACUCUUCGCUUGUCACCCCUAACCUGUGGUUUGCUUCUACCCACAGUGCGGUGCUGGAAAUAGAGGCAGAAGGAGAGGCUCACUGUUGUGUCUUAUUAGGCAAGUGAGCUCUAACACCACUGGCCGCCACUCAACAGGAGGCAGGCUCACUUCCUUCCUGGGAGUCCCCAGCUCCCUCCCUUUUCCCAGCAGCCCCACUAGUUGACUGAUGGCCUCGGUGAUGGCAGAAUGCCUUUCAGCAUCUGAUGGGCCCUGAUACUCCCUGUCAAAGGAGGGAAAUCAUGGCUAUAACUGAGUGUCUUGGUCAACUGUAUGCACAGAUCCUGUGUCUAGGAAGUGGGGAUAAAACUUGAGUUUUUGGAUGUAGCAGAGGCAAGGUUGGAACUUUCAACACCAACUGGAGGGAAAAAAUGGUAAUAAAGCAACAAGAAAUAGCUCUGCAGUUUUUAAAUUCUUGGUGGAGCUUCUCCAUGACAUGGCAAUUUGACAUGGCCAGUAGACAGCAGGUAUGGUUCCAAAGAGGUCCAUCUGGAUUGAUGUAAAACACCAGGUCCUGGUUGAGGUAAGGUAAGGCAAGCAACAGAAGGAAUGAUCUAGCUCUCUGAGGUUGUUAGAUGGGGCCAGGUGGGGUUGGGAGGGCCCAGAUAAGGGGUCAGGCUCAGAGGACUGCUCCAGGCCCUGUGGGAAAAAAAGUGUAAGUCAAGAACUCUCUUUCUCUUUCUUUUCCAAGUGUUCCCAGUCUAUGGAACUAGGGUUUGCCUAGACACACUGGGCCCAAGGUUUAGGGCUACAGAUAAAUCCUGGACCUGCCUGCUGGUUGGUAUGGCACUCCUCAUUUAUGUCAGAGUUGGCACCCCUCUCGUGGACUCUUGAGACUUGGCUGUGCUAAACCAUAAGCUCAAGGCUUUGACCACCUGCAGGUGGAGCCAUGCUUGGGGCAGGAGGAAUCAGCAAUGGAUGCUUGGUCCAGAGACCAACAUGCCACCCUUAAAUUCAAGGAAGUCCUUCGAAUCGAGGAGACUGGGAAUAAAACCCUCCCAGCUGAGGUUCACUCCAGGGACUCUCUGAAGGUUAAAUGUUGAAGAGGCUGAUUAUACCUCUGUGGUCAGAGGCUGAGGCAGGGAACUCAUGGGGAACGCUCAGGCCUGGUUUUAGCCAGCUUCAGAUGGAUUCACUGGACCUCUCCCCUACAGGCUCAAGAGUGCAAAGACUUGGUACCCAUUCUCAGCACUCUACUUUUAAGGCAUGUUUAAUCUUGUGUGAUAGCUAAGCUCCUAUUGCUUCCUCUAUAAGAAAUGUGAAGGCAGAAGUGGCCCUUCCAUGAGGUGAGGGUAGGGAUGGCUGUUUUAUUCUCUUAGUGAUGAAGACCUGUGUCCUGCUUCCAUGCAGCUUCUCCAGAAGUGAGAAAGCUCUGGUGGGAUGGACUGUAUGGGUACUGGAGACAGUCAUGGCCCUGGGGAUUAUGUGGGAGUGUGCUCAUGCUUUGGUGUGGAAGGGUGGACUGCCUACCCUCUGUGGGCUCAGACAAUGAGCUUCUCAUCAGCAAUUGUGGGAGCAGAGACUCUUCUGACCUUUGCUGGGAUCCACUUGAGUUCCCUGAAUUCAUGUCCAGUUCUAGGGAAAAGAAUGGUGACCCUCAGGAUGGCUGAGAGAAUAUUUUCCCCCUGAAGUUAUUGGGAGCUCCAAAACCAAGUUAAUUAGAUUUAUAAAAGUAAAGUAAUACUUUUUGUACCUGUGUUUGGAGAGAAAUUCAUGCCCACUGCAACUAAUAUCAGCAUUUCUAAAAUUGGUGAGUCCAGAGUACCAGCAUUGUGACCUGGCUUAUGGAGUAAGAGAGCAGAACUGAGUCUGGGUAGAGUGUUGCUGAAUGAGCAUUAGGUGCAGAAAGGAAGAUGGAGGGCCUUCCUUCAACCUUUUGUGAGAGCCAUUCCCCCUCAUGUUGCCUCUCCCCUUACAUAUCCACUGAACUGAUUUUUUUUCAGACUCAAAACCCAACACCUCAGAUUUACUGGGUUUAUGCAACUUGUCUGUGGUAUCAUCACGAUUCUGUAGCUCAUCAUACAUUGUGGUCACCUUGUAAUUUCCAGGUAAGUAUCUUUAGAAAGAAAGGAACAUGAGCCUACAAGGUCCUAGUUGACAAAGCAAGAUGUCCACAUGUAACCUCUGCAAUGUUUAUGACAAAGCUACCACUAGGAGCUUUCCUAGAUAAGUUCUUAUUCUUUGGCUAUUGCUAUACUAGUCAGGACAGGCUUUGUUAUGACACAAUAACAGAGAACUCCAUACCUUAGUGGCUUAAAACAUGUUUAUUUCUUACACUGUGUGAAAAGGAAAGAAAUUCUGAUAUACGCUACCACAUGGAUGAACCUUGAGGACACCAUGCUAAGUGAAAUAAGCCACAGACAGACAAUACUAUAUGAUUCCGCUUACAUGAGGUACUUAGACUACUCAAAACUGUAGAGACAGAGAGUAGAAUUGUGGUGGCCAGCGGCUGGGGUUGAGGGAAAUGGGGCUUUUAAUGGGUAUAGGGUGUCAAUUUUACAAUGUGAAAAGAGUUCAGGCGAAGGAUGGUGUUGAUAGUUGCACAAUAUUAUGAAUGUAUUUAUAACACAGGACUGUACACUUAAUAAAAGUUAAUA